AUGAAAGACGGAAAUACGAGGCAAAUGGGCGCCGGCUACGUCCAGCACGUUGACGACAGCAGCAGUCUUGGCUUGUCAGUGAAGGUCACGAGGGAGGCCAACUUUGGGCCGGGUUACAUAUUUCGCCCAAUGUGCGGAGAAGGAAGCGUGAAAGGCACAUCUUCAGCAGAGACCCAUCCACUGACAUUGAGCCCGUACCUGAAGCCAUUCUUGAGAUGGGUUGGUGUCAUUAACCCUGUGAUGGCUUCCGUCCCUUAUUACAGCAACCUAAAUGCGGACAGAUUGGCGAAGCGGGGAGACAGAAGACUUCAUUCCGCGCCGCCAAGUCUUGCUUACCGCCUCACUCCGUGGUACGCGUUGCUGUGCCGUACCGCUCAGCCCGAUGAUGUUGUCAACGGUGGAGACAGCAAAUCUCGUCCGAAGAGGGCAGCCCUUGUUCCAUUUCCAGCGCGCUUUGACCACAGGCUGGAGCGUGCGGAUAGCUGUAUGCACUAA